AUGACAACGAUAACGAAGCAACAACCAAAGUCUCUAAUGACAGCAGUCGAUCGAAAUAGGACAUCAACACACGCCACCCUACUUCCCGGAACCCUAAACCCUAGUAGCCGCCAUGCGCCGCCCGAAGCGCCGCGCCGCGGCGAAGCAGAAUCGCCUGCGGAGGUCGACGAGAUCCGCCUCCUCAACGAAUCGAUCGACGCCGGCAAGCCCCUCCCGCGCACCAGACCCCCGCCCCCGUCGGAAUCAGCGGGACCGGCGCCGGCGGCCGGGGAGCACCCGGAGCAUGGCGCGUGCACACUGUUCGACGAGCUGCCGCUGUCGCAGAAGACCAAGGACGGGCUGCGGAAGGCGGGGUUCACUAAGAUGAGUGAGAUCCAGCGCGCCGCCCUGCCCCACGCGCUCUGUGGCCGCGAUGUCCUCGGCGCGUCCAAGACCGGCUCCGGCAAGACCCUCGCCUUUGUCAUCCCGGUUUUAGAGAAGCUGUACAGGGAGAGAUGGGGUCCAGAGGAUGGUGUGGGCUGCAUUAUUCUCUCCCCCACAAAUGAUUUGGCUGGGCAGAUUUUUAAGGUGAUCACGGAGGUGGGGAAGUUCCAUAACUUUAGUGGUGGUGUCAUUGUUGGUAAGCGCAAGGGUAUCGAGCUAGAGAAGGAACGUGUGAACAGCUUGAAUAUCUUAGUGUGCACUCCAGGCCGGUUAGUCCAGCAUUUCAAUGAAACUGCCAAUUUUGAUUGUUCACAGCUCCAGAUGUUGGUACUUGAUGAGGCAGAUCAAAUUCUCGAUCGUGGUUUCAGAACCCAGGUUGAUGCUAUCAUUUCUCAGAUUCCCAAAGUUAGACAAACUUUACUGUUUUCUGCUACACAAACUAAGUCAGUUAAAGACCUAGCAAGGGUUAGCCUAAGGGACCCUGAAUAUAUAAGUGUGCAUGAGGAAGCCAGAACAGCCACUCCAGAUACUCUUGAGCAGUAUGCCAUGAUUGUACCUCUUGAUCAGAAGUUAAAUAUGCUCUGGAGCUUCAUUAAAAGACAUCUAAAUUCGAAGACGAUAGUCUUCUUAUCUAGUGUCAAGCAGGUCAAAUUUGUUUUUGAAAUUUUUAAGAAACUUCGUCCUGGUAUUCCUUUGAAAUGUAUGCAUGGAAAGAUGGAUUAUGAGGUACAGCAGGCCAUAGUUGCAGAUUUCAAUGAAUCUACUUCAGUUCUUUUCUCAACUGAUAUAACCUCUCGGGGACUGGAUAUAAAGAAUGUGGAUUGGGUGGUACAGGUUGAUUGCCCAGAAAACAUUGCUAAUUACAUCCACAGAGUUGGCCGUACAGCUCGCUACAAUAAGAAAGGAAAAUCACUUAUAUUUCUUUGUCCUGAAGAAGAAGCAAUGCUUGAAAAAUUGAAGGCAACUGAAACCAAAGGCAGAACAACUGGAGCAGAUAUCUCAGAAUAUAGCUCGGUGCUGGUUAAAUUUCCCAAUCUGCAGGAAUUGGGUAAAAGGGCUUUUAUUACGUAUCUUAGGUCAGUAUACCUCAAGAAGGUGUUCGACCUGAGCAGGUUCUCUGCAGAGCAGUUUUCUGCAUAUGCUGCUUCGCUUGGUCUGCCUGUUACCCCCACGAUCCGAUUCAUAAGCCACAUGAAGAAUGUAUCGAAGAAGGAUAUGCAGGACAUUGAUACUAAACAGAUGAAAUCCAGUUCCAAACGUGAAGUUAUCAUCACUCCAAAGAUCAACAGUGAUUUGACUGUGUGUGAUGGAGAUGAUGAUAUCCUUUAUCCCAAGAAGCCCACGACAGAUGCUAAUAUGGACAACGGACUUGAUGAUGUCCUUCAUUCCAAGGAACCUGCCACAGAUACAGAUGUGACCAGACUCGAAAGACCCUUCAAAAAGAAGAAACUGAAGAUAAAUGUGCACAGGCCAUCGGGAACAAGGGUCAAGUAUGAUGAUGAGGGCAACGUUAUCCCACCUCUCGCAUCUGUCGCUGAAGAAGUAGCUUUAGAACCUGUGGUUCACAAGGAUAAAAUUUCCCAGCGAUAUGCAGAGAUGCUGAGAGAAAUGCAGGAGCAUGACAAGGAGGACAAGCUUGAGCACAAGAAGAGCUUGCGGGAGAAGAAGCUGCAGAAGAAGAUGAAACUUAAGCGCAAGAGGCAGGAAGAGACUGAAGCAGGGCCAGAGGAGGAUAGUGGCUCAGAAUCAGACAGAGGCCGGGACACAGCCAACAAGGGUAAAAAGAGGUACUUCAAUAGCGACGACGAAGACAAUGACGCUGCAAAGAACGGUGACGUUCUCGCCCAGCAGGAGGCGUUGGCACUGAAGCUCCUGAGUAAAAUGCACAGUUAG